CGCAGAAAUUUGGUUGAAGAGUCUUUAGAACUCCAGGAGGAGCCACGCCAAAUAUAUCAUAUCAUUGUUCGAACCAACUCCUUUGUAUUCGCUCGAUCAUUUGACUGAGAGGCGAUGCCCGCGUUUCAUCGGGCCGUUACGGCUAUUUCGCGGCAGGCGGUCUUCAGAGGUGCGCAACGUCAAUAUGUUGUUGCACGUUCUAUCAGUGCCUCAGCAUUGAAGUCCGCCAUUGCUCAUCCCAUUACUACUCAUGGCCCCCCACCUAAGGCCCCUUCACCUACAUCUGCCAAUCCAGAGCUACUACAGCAAGAUGCGGCCUUGUACCAGAAAACCGAGAAAAGUCCGCUACCAGGAAAACCAUCUGUGCUCAAGAAGCGAUUCUGGAAGAAUGUUGAUGUCAAGCAGAAGCCAGAUGGGGACUAUCAGGUCCUGCUAGACACACGCCCUAUUCGGACACCUUCCAAAGACGUUUUAUCCAUACCGUCAACGAAGCCAUAUCUUGCACAUGCGAUCGCGCUGGAGUGGGAUGUCAUGACCACUGCCCAGCAAGCGCUAAAGAACCACCUCAUCCCUCUAACUUCUCUGACCGCCCGUGCAGCGGAUAUUGCCGCAGAAGAUGCUCGAGGCGAAACUACCACGAGAGAUCAAAUAUUGAAAACAGCGAUGCGGUAUUUGGAAACGGACACCCUGUUGUGUUGGGUGCCGGAGCAGAACGCUUACGCUGCUGAUGAAGUGGAUGCCGAUGGGAAGAAACCGGAAAGCCUCCGAGAGGCCCAAAUUCGGGUCGCUCAAGAUACAAUUGCCUUCUUGAGCACCAAAGUAUGGCCCGGUGUGGACAUCCAGCCUAUCCUCGACACCGAUAGCAUAUUACCAGCCUCUCAGCCUCAGGCUACAAAGGACAUUAUUCUGCAGUGGAUUUCUGGUCUGCAGGCCUACGAUCUGGCUGGACUGGAGAGAGGAAUACUGGCCGCAAAGAGCUUGUUGAUUGCAGUCCGUCUGGUCGCUGAAUGGAGUGAGACGUUCCGAGAGGUGCAACGACCGGGCCGCGAGAGGUUCGGCAUUGAGGAAGCAGCGGAGGCAUCCAGCCUAGAAGUCAGGUGGCAGACUGAUAUGUGGGGAGAGGUUGAAGAUACCCAUGAUGUCGACAAGGAAGAUUUGAAGCGCCAGCUCGGCAGCGUCAUUGUAUUGGUUAGUGGAGAGACGAGGUGACUGUUCUAAUGCAUUUCAUUGGAACCAAGCCAGCGGGACCACACAUUCUGUACAAUAUAUGUCAACAGAGAUUUCUGUCUCUGUUUUAUUAGAG